UUUAGUUAAGUAGAGUUUAUUCGAUGUUUCCACGGUACGAAGCGUGUCGGUGGUAGUGAUGGUGUUACCACCGCCAUUCGACGACGCUUCGAAACAGUGCGCGCUACCAUUGACAUUAUUAAAGGAUGAGUGAACCGUGCGUCUAAUUAACGAUUCAAGCAUGAUCGUUGUAAUACUGCUCUUCUACAUCUCGACCGCCAGCUCUGAAGAAGUUGGCACCGUCUGCAAUUCCUGUAUCAAAGUGAAUACAGCUUGCUACAAUGUCUCCUAUCUCUUCGACAUCGAAGCUCCAUUCAGAAACCGAAUCGUCAUCAGCAAACUUGGCAUCCUCAGAUCGACGAAUACCCUUUUCUUCAGCUUCGAACCUAGUAUUGAAGACAAAGAGUAUUACAAGGUCGGAUUUAUUAAUUUAGAUAAUCCCGUUAACAUAAGUGUCAUAUCAGGCGAAAAGCAAAUAAUGAACUUUGGCACGUUUGAUUUAGACCAAGAUAAUGAAUUGGUAUAUUUAGGAGGCAGCGACGGUAUCUACGUUCUAGAUACGAAAGUGAACAGAGUAGCACCAUACGGUUCCAGAGGUGAUAUGAUUAUAAGUUUAUUCUAUAAAGGUUACGUAUAUUUUAUAAAAUACGGUGAAUUUAAGAUUACUAAAAAGAGAGGAGAUAAUUUCGACGUGCUAUUCGAUAUGAUGCAAGUUAAGAAUUUCGUUUCCAAUAAAUAUGAUGUAUCGGUGUUACUGUGUGAUUACGGCCUAUUUGCGAGCAAAAGAGACGAAAUGGUAUGGCUCUCAAAGAACUCAUAUUUUAGAGGAUUAACGAUUGAUUUAGAUAAUAACAUUUACGCUUGGUGGAUAGACGGUAUAUAUAGAGUGAUAAUAGAACCGAAAUUAGCGAAUUCUAGGAUUGUAAGAGUUGCACGCAUUCCUUCUAUUGGCGCACUGACGUUUGACAAUGAUAAUAACUUUCUCUUUACGGUCGGAAAAAGUUUAUUUAGAUUGAUUGAAACGAGCAACACAACUGUUUGUUGAUUUAUACUUAAUUACUAAUAAUAUUAGCGAUUAAUUUGCAGCCUUCGCGUAUAU